GUGUGUGUGUGUGUGUGUGUGUGUGUGUGUGUGUGUGUGUGUGUGUGUGUGUGUGUGUGUGUGUGUGUGUGUGUGUGUGUGUGUGUGUGUGAGGCUGUGUGUGUGUGUGUGUGUGUGUGUGUGUGUGUGUGUGUGUGUGUGUGUGUGUGUGUGUGUGUGUGUGUGUGUGUGUGUGUGUGUGUGUGUGUGUGUGUGUGUGUGUGUGUGUGUGUGUGUGUGUGUGUGUGUGUGUGUGUGUUGACAACCAAGCGGCCUGUAUGCGUGCGCGUGUGUGUGUGUGUGUGUGUGUGUGUGUGUGUGUGUGUGUGUGUGUGUGUGUGUGUGUGUGUGUGUGUGUGUGUGUGUGUGUGUGUGUGUGUGUGUGUGUGUGUGUGUGUGUGUGUGUGUGUGUCUCUGUGUGUGUGUGUGUGUGUGUGUGUGUGUGUGUGUGUGUGUGUGUGUGUGUGUGUGUGUGUGUGUGUGUGUGUGUGUGUGUGUGUGUGUGUGUGUGUGUGUGUGUGUGUGUGUCCUAACGUGUGUGUGUGUGUGUGUGUGUGUGUGUGUGUGUGUGUGUGUGUGUGUGUGUGUGUGUGUGUGUGUGUGUGUGUGUGUGUGUGUGUG